AUGGCUGCUAAUGUCAUCCACAACUCACAUUUCGAUUCCAAUGAAGAUAAUGAAAAUCAAACGGAUGGCAAUGCACAGGGAAGGUCUCUUGCUUCCAAGAUUACGACCGUCCUGUCAGCGUCAUACACAGACUCUGAUAUAAGAGAUGCAAUUCACCUACUUGAUAAACAGAAUUUAAAAAAUACACCAGCCACUCGCCGUCAACUUAGGCAUCAUAUACAAAAAGAUCUAAUUGAAAGUAAUGGUAAUUUAAUCAAUGAGUUCGGUCUUGUUGCCAGACAAUUAAAGAAUAUCGGAAGUACGAUUAAAAACUUGAACCAAAUUUGUGGAGAAAUGAAGCUUCAAAUAUCUAAAGCUCACCAAGAAACUGCACCUCUUCUUAGCGAAGCUUCCGCCCUCAUCAAACAAAAGGACGAAGCUGAGACAAAACAGCUAUUCUUGGCUGCAUUUAAUUCCAAUUUUAUUAUCUCAGAAGAAGAUAUUGCAUUAUUGACUUUGGGUACGGAGCCAGUGGAUGAUGAGUUCUUCGCUGUGCUCGCUAGGGCUAAGAAGAUCCAGAAGGAUUGUGAAAUCUUGCUCGGUACUGAAAAUCAACGAUUAGGACUCGAAAUUAUGGAAAACAUAUCAAGAGACAUAAGCAACGCCUUUCAAAAGUUGUAUCGGUGGAUUCAGCGAGAAUUUAAGUCACUCAACUUAGAAAAUCCUCAAAUAAGCUCUUCAAUACGACGGGCACUCCGUGUAUUAGCUGAACGUCCAUCUCUCUUUCAAAAUUGUCUCAACUACUUUUCUGAGGCUAGAGAGAAGACGUUGACUGGAUCAUUUUACACCGCGCUGAGUGGAACGUUAGAUAUGAACUCUAGAAAUGACUCUAUUAAGCCUAUUGAAUUAGUUGCUCAUGAUCCAAUAAGAUACGUUGGAGAUAUGCUAGCGUGGACUCACUCUGCUACAGUUAGCGAGAAAGAGGCGCUUGAAGUUUUGUUCAAAGUAGACGGUGAAGAGAGUGUACAUGGCUUACAAGCAGGUUGUAAUAGUGAACUAUGGAAUCAAAUAAUUCAAGAUAAAGCCGAAGUUUAUGAGUUUGACGAAAUAAGAGCAUUAAAUGAACUUGUAGACCGGGACCUCAGUGGUGUAGCAAGCAUUCUACGCCAGCGUAUAGGUCAGGUUAUUCAAAGUCACGAAGAAACGAUAUUGGCUUACCGGAUCACCAAUUUGCUUAGCUUCUAUCGAAUAACGUUUUCAAAACUAUUGGGAGACGACUCAAACCUAUUGGAGUCUCUUUCUACGCUUGAGGAAUCUGCAUCAAAGCAGUUCCGAAUGUUAAUGCGAGAAAAUGUUUCUAUAAUCCAAACUGACACUCAUGCAGCACCUGAAGAUUUUGGGCCACCAGCAUUCCUCUACGAUGGUUUGAAGCAACUAAAAACUAUCAUGGAAACAUAUGAGGCUUCAUACACCUCCCUAGAAAGUAGGGAAGUAGAUUUUCAGGCAAUUUUAGUAGAUUCAUUUGAUCCAUUUAUACAUGGUUGCGAGAAAAUUUCCGGAAGCUUGCAGAUACCGUAUAAUCUUAUAUUUUUGAUAAAUUGUUUGCUUGUUGCUAGAAAUACUUUAAUGCCAUUCCCAUUCACCCAGAAAAAAGCGUCAAGCAUAUCGAAAAAUAUUGAGCGAGUUUCUGCAGAACUUAUUGAUCAUCAGCAUCACUAUUUUAGAAAGAAUUCUGGGCUCAAAAACUUGUUCGAAGCAACAGAAAAUAUUAAUUUAUCAGGUGAAGAUUAUAAGGCCAUAACUUCUUUAGGUCCAUUACAACCUGAUGCUCUUGCAAGAACUAGCCGCACACUUGACGAAUUUUUACCAUCAGCUCUGAUUGACGCUAUUGGUAACCUUAGCUAUCUUCAGAGCUCGGUUAUGGCAAGGGAGGUGACAGAGAAGGCAGUAGAAAAAUUUUGCAGCGAUUUCGAAAAAUUUGAGCAGACUCUUUCUGCUAUAGAUGAAAGAUAUGGGCAAGCUGAAUGUGAUGAUGACUGGAAGCCACUACGUGCCAACUUCCCACGAACAAUCGGCGAUGUUAGAGUUUUACUUUCAUGA